GAACAACUCGAAACUUUAAAAUCAUUAUAAUUGGUUGCACCACUAGCAUGGGGUCAAUAACUUUGCUGAUUGCAACAUGGCAAAUGCACAAAUUCUGGAAAAAAAGGCAAGACGUGAAGCUGAAACAGAAGUACUUCAAACGAAAUGGAGGUCUGUUACUACAACAACACUUGUCUGGUAAUGUGGAAAAAAUAAAGCUGUUUAGUUCAAAGGAGAUGGAAAAGGCAACGGAUUACUACAACAAGAAUCGAAUCCUCGGUCAAGGUGGCCAAGGAACAGUUUACAAAGGAAUGCUAACGGAUGGAAGCAUUGUGGCCGUUAAGAAAUCUAAAAUGCUGAAUGGGAGGAGCAGUAAGUUCGACGAAAACAAGGUUGAACAGUUCAUUAACGAGGUUAUGAUUUUGUCUCAAAUCAACCAUAGAAAUGUUGUUAAGCUCUUACGCUGUUGCUUAGAGGCUGAAGUUCCUUUGUUGGUCUACGAGUUCAUCCAAAACGGCACACUUUACGAUCUCAUCCAUUACCAAACUGAAGAAUUUCCUUUGACAUGGGACAUGCGCUUACGGAUCGCGAUCGAAAUCGCCAAUGCUUUGUUCUACCUGCAUUCGGCCGCUUCCGUCUCUAUUUAUCAUCGAGACAUCAAAUCUAGCAACAUACUCCUGGACGAUAAAUAUCGGACCAAAGUGUCAGAUUUCGGAACCUUGAGAUCGAUUGCGCUCGAACAAACUCAUUUGACCACCCGAGUGCAAGGGACAUUCGGAUACAUGGAUCCCGAGUAUUUCCGGUCAAGUCAGUUUACGGAGAAGAGUGACGUUUAUAGCUUCGGGGUUGUUCUUGUCAAACUCUUAACGGGACAAAAGCCAAUAAUCUCGGAUCAAUCAGACGAGGCGAGAAGCUUGAUAUCUCACUUUCUGAUGUCAAUGCAGGAGAAUUCGUUGCAUGACAUCGUCGAUUCGACUAUAGUAAAUGACAGUCAAGAGAAAGAGAUUAUAGCAAUGGCUAAGUUAGCAAGAAGAUGCUUGAAUCUUAACGGGGGAAAAAGGCCGAUCAUGAAACAAGUAGCAAUGGAGCUGGAGUUGAUCAAAGCAUCAAAAGCAGGUAAUGAGAUCGAAGAAAGUGGAGAUGAAGAAUCUGAAGCAGAUGACAUAAUCGAAUCUUGGAAUGCCAAUCUUUCUUGGUCCACGUCUAUAUCAAUUACAACUGAUAGUACAACUUUGCCAUUAAAUGCAACCUUCUAG